AUGCUUACUAAUCGUAUUACUGUCCCUCGUUACAUCUAUCUUGCCUAUUUUUUUCGCAACGGUGCUUGUCAUAAUCCGUCGUGUUUCUCAAUUUGCGUCUGUGCACAUGCAUCUAUGCAGCAACGUGGUCGCGUGCGACAAUUCGGUUGGUUCCCGGCCGAUUAUGUCCGAUUGAUCGUUCCUUCCGGAAGCGGUUCGUCCAAUCCAAUGCCAAGUGGAGACUCCUCAUCGUUACCCCCACCCACUGUUCCACCUGCAGCUGAGACCACUGUCACUACGACUUCUCAGGGGAAUGAGCCUGCCGCGGUGGUGCCAGUCUCCAACCCCUCAACCGGGUUGUCCAGUACCCCAUCCAUUGUCAGCCAGUCCGAUAGUCGUCCCUUAGUGGAAAUGAUGCAAGCCAUUUUCAGCUACAAAGCUGCUCACGCAGAUGAACUCACUUUUGAAGAGGGUGCAAUCAUCACGGUCCUCGGUCGGGACGAACCAGAAUGGUGGCGAGGUCGAUUGCAGUCGUCCGGCGCUGAAGGAUUAUUCCCGGUUAAUUAUGUCCGUCCUUACGCGGCGCCAAAUAACAACACAAAAUCAUCCCACGCAGGUGCUCAACGCCUGAUUCAGCAAAAUGCGACUCCACGAAUUGCCUCUAAACUUCUCGCCGCUGGUCCUGUAAUUUUCCUUAUGAACACUUGUCGUUUUCCCGAACGAUAUUGGCAGGCACCGAAGACUUUCCUGGUAGUCUUCGAUCUGGCAAGUCUGGUGUCCGGGUUCAACAUGGAUUCAUGA